AUGGAAACGAAUUCGCCGACUCUAAUAACUUACAACGGUAAAAAAGUGCAUAUAACCCAAAAGAUUAUCGAUAAAUACAAACAUAACAAAGUCAGAGACGAUAUAGACUUGGAAAGAAUUGAUGAGAAUUUAACUAAAAAAGGUGGAUUUUUACCUUUCUUACCUUUAAUCUUUGCUGGUUUAGCUGCAGCCGGUGCAACUGCUGGUGGAGCUGCUGGGAUAGCCAAAGCUGUCAACGAUAAGAAAGCUCCAGCCGCUGCAAACGCCGAAGCACGUAGACACAAUUUGGCAAUGGAAAGAGAAGCACGAGGAGGUUCGGGAGUAGGAGAAAUAUUAGGGACGGUUAAAGAAUUCGGACAAAGAUUUGGCGAAGAAACCAAGAAAACCGUUAAAGAGGGAUUAAGCAAAUUAAUAGAUAAAAUCGACACUGGAGAAAUGAAGUUCAGGUUCUGGGAAAACACAUCUCACUUUAACAUGUUGACAACACCAAACCUUUUAGAUUUCGAUUCUCUGUAUAUCUACACAACAACACCAGAGCAAUCGUAUUAUCAAUUCCUCAAAGCUAUAGAAUAUUUACCAAAAAAAAAAGACGUUCAAGACAUAUUUCAAUAUUACGAAGAAAACGAAGAAGAAGUGGAAAUAAAAGAUAUCAUAGAAAACUUCAUUAAAUCAAAGAAUCCAUCUUUCAAUCCAACGGAUAUAAAAGUUUUUCUUACGAAAAAUGUUAAUGAUCUAGACUUGUCUAAUAUUGAUAGCAAUCGAAAGAACUUAAUAUUGUUUGACGACUGCGUAGCGCAAAGAAAUCAAACUGUUCAACAAGAAUUCUUCACCAAAGGAAGACAUCACAACUGUCACUUCAUAUACCAAUCCCAAUCUUUUUACGGGAUGGAUUCUAUGUUCAUUAGAAAAAAUGCAAAUUGUUUUUUAUUAUUUGAAUUAAAUGAUAAAGAUUUAUCUCAAAUCAUUCAGUCUAUAAAUCACGGAAUGGAUAGAGAUACAUUUAAAAAGGUUUGUAAAGCUCAAUGGAGAAACCCAGAUGAUCAUGGAUAUGUAUUUGUAAAUACUAGAAAACCUGCGGAGGAAAGAGUUAUGAUCGAUAUAUGUUAA